GCGGCACCGGGUCGGGAGGAGCAGGAGGAGGAAAAGCAGGAGCGGGGCCGCCGCGGCCGCCGGCCCGGCCCGGCUCCUCUCGGCUGCCCCCGGCCGCGCCAUGUGGCAGAGCAUCGGACUGACUCUGCUGGUGAUCGUGGCCACGCUCGCCUGCGUGCUGCUCUUCAUGCUGUGCGGAUGGUAUGUGGUCUGGCAAUUGUUUUUGUCUAAAUUCAAAUUCCUGAGAGAAUUGAUAGGUGAUACGGGGUCCCAGCAGGGAGACAACGAGCCUUCAGAGACUGAAGCUGAGCAGGAGACUCCACCCUCGCCUCAGAGAAGUAGACAGAAAUCAGCUCGACAGCGAAGGGCACCCACAGAAGACACGACUUAAAGUACUCCACUGAACUCCUGAGUAACUAUGAAUAGUUAACCACCUCUGCAUUGUUCAGUGGUGUGAUCUUACUGAAAAGCUGACUUAAGAGGUAACAUUAAUACCUGUGGACCUUGACUUCUGAGCUACCAAUGUAUGAUGCUGCUCCAGUAGAGGUUCAGGGAGGGCUUCAGCAGCAAGUCAUAGAAUACUGGAAGAAUGGAGGGGUGGAAAGAAAUCUCCAUCAGAAAAAUGCUGAGCUUCUGUAGCUCCUGUCUCAGCAUGCAGAUGAAAAACAGGUCCUGGACUAUAGGGUUAGCCUUUGCAUUAGUCUGAACAUAGUAAACAUUUCAGACUUGAAAUAGUUUCUAAAUUAUUUUUUCUUUACAGCACUGUAACUACAUAUAGUGAAAUCGAGUUUUAUUUCCUUAGCUGUAUAUGAAUAUAUAUAUUUUUUCAACCUUGAGAAUGCACAUGAACUUAAAAAACUUGAAAGGAUAUCCUGCUUUAGAACAUAUUCUAAAGUAAGAUUUUAGUUAAGUUCUUGUAUAUAUAAAAAGUAUAAGUGAAAUAUGAAAAAUCAAUAUUAGAUGCACAUGAUUUGGAGGUUUUUAUUAUCUCCUUAAAAAAAAAACAAAAAGGAGGGACAAAGAAAGCAAUCAGGUGACAAGACCUGUUUUCUUGGUUUUGGCAUAAGAAAGGUUACAGGUUAAACAGUCCUGCUAGGUUUCUUUGUUUUUCCUGAACCUUUUACUCCAGUCCAACUUGUGUUGGAGAUGGGAAGGUGCCUGGGUUAUGUACUGCUCACUGUUUAGUAUUCUGAAGUGUCAUCUUUGGUAUUUGAAUACUAAGCACUUCUCUAGUUCACCUCGUACACCUUUACAGUCAGGUAUAUGGUACCUGACAUCACUUUUUUCCUGGAACCAGUUGUGGCACUCUGACCAGUUUGGUAGACAUCUCUGUAACACUUUGACAGUGUUACAGCAGUGAAUUUGGUACCUCGUGUUUGCUGGAGGACUUUAGGAUUUUUACCAGUAAUAAGCAGUUGCUCCUGUCUUCUCUGACAAUUAAUUAAUUAUACAGCUAUUUUGACAUUGCACUUCAGAAUGAAGAGCUCCACUUCUGUUUAUCUAGCGACUCCGAAGAUUGAUGCAUGAGAUUUUGGAAAGAGGAGGAACAUGCAUGUACCACCUCUGAUGUGUGUAUGAGAGAGAACUACCAACAGUUCUUGUGUUGAACAGCUUCAGUUUUCUCUCAAAGUUUGAUUAUGUGGUAGUGUUUGGAUCAUUGUUCCGUGUAUAAAAAUUUAAUCAGGACUACUAAAUUGUCUUGUAUUUUCAGCUGUUAAGAAGUUUAAAUCUAUGGCUUCCAAAUUUGUGUUUCGUUCAAUUAUAUGGCUAAAAGCAGCAGCAUUUCAGUUUUUGAUCAAGUAGGCCUACAUCUGGGAAAAGAACACUCUUUUAGUGCCUCUAUGUUUUAAUUUGUCAUCUGUGAAUAGUGUUCAAAAGCUAAUGAGGGCAUUCACUUAAAAUCAUUUGGAUGUUUCAGUAUUAAAAUAUGUAAGAUCAGCCCUGAUUUUCCUUUGGAGUCUAAAAGGCUUUGUUUUAUUUACUGGUGUAUAUGUAUAAGCAUGAUUAGAUAGUGCUAGGCACAUAUCCUGUAAAUACAUGUAGAAAUACUGAUAGUCUCCUCUAUCCUGUGUGCUAGCAAGGGAAUGUCUAAUGAUGGUUGGUUGUUUUUUUCGGUUGUUUUUUUUUUUAAUUAGUAAAAUUCCGGUUUAUUUAAACUGAGCAAAAGCAAUCAGAUUCUAUUUCCUGCUGCUUUCAGUUUGCCUCACACAAUUUAAUGUCACAAUUUUGUUGUCUCUGUAAUGUCGUGUCACCUGAUGAAACUUUCAGUUUAUCAGUGCUAACCAAGUACUGGUCCAUUUUUCUUACAAAACUAGUGUCUUUGUAUUAGGCUUUGCUAAUAUAGGCUUACAAAUAAAGAUACUUAUUUUGUACUGACAUGGGAUAUUGACACUCUACUUUAUAGACUUCAGUGCACAGAUGAUGGCAAAAGGCUGAUGCUUGUAGUAUCCCUGGCUGAGAUAAGAAACAGUAACUUAGUCCCUGCCUCUAGGAGCUGUGAAGAAAUGUGAAGUUACAGUCAUAUACACAGCUAGUUCAGGGUAGCUCUGAAGGUGCAAGAAUCAAGAUUCUGGAGCAAGAUAAUGAAGGAGAAAUCUUUGUAGGUUUGAAAGCUGACACUGAUCAAAUAUGCAAUAAGAUGGAUGUGGAACCUCUAGGUAGCUCAUCUGCUUUAGCCAAACAACUUCCUUCUCCCUUCCUUGCUGUCUGCAGGUGUACAUUUCACUCCCCAAAGUUAUUUUCAGUCUCUUCUUUUUUAAACAGCUGAUGCUAUUUUUUUAAUGUUGUUGUGACAUAGCUGCCAAUAAUGCUGUCUGCCUAGUGUAUAACUUUAACGAUCUUACUAGUAGCAGGCCAAAGGUAUAUAUUAUAUAAUGUGGUUUGGAAGAAUUUUGGAAUGCUAAUGUCUUCUGUCAAUGCAUAAUUUUUCUUGAAGGAAUCUGUAAUAAAAUCUUUGUACAGGGCACUUCAUGCAAACCUGUAAAAGUGAAGCUGUGUGUGUGGAAGUGUACUUGUGAUAAGACCUGGGUUGUGAUUGCUGGCAGUCCAAUAUACUCAUGUCUUCAGGUGUUCUUACCAAUGUACUUCUGACAUGUUAGUGGUGGGUAAGCACUUAACUUUGGAUUGACCCAUCCAAGUCCGAAAUCAUAUGAAGGCAACAGGUUACACAGUUGGUCUUGUUUUGUUUAGUGGGAUCUAUUUUUAAAACUAUUGCCUUAUUGUUGCAGCCAUUCUCUUGAAUGUACUUUGGGUUUUUAUUUUAAAAAUAGUCAUAUCACCUUUGUUGCAGGGGCUGUGUAACUUUGAAUAAGCAGUAAUUACCUGUGUUCUAUGUGACAGUGCUGCAAUUUGUGAUCACCUUGCUGCUUAAUAUCAGGUUUUACACUGAACUAGACCUGUGUAUGUCCUUUUGUUUUGUCUGGAAAUGACCAGCAUAAAGAAUGUGUUCAGUGUGGUCACUUGCUUCUUCAGUGUUACAAUACUGUACCUAAAGCUUCUGUGGUUGUCUGUUUUCAUCAUUAACUGUUCUUUUAACUGACUGCACAGAUAAAAAAUAAAGUAACCAGACUUGAUAUGAA